AUGUCUCAGUACGUGUCACAGUACGUGACAAAAUACAUCCCUAGCAAAGCCACCAUCAAGGCGAGGGCCACCUCUGCCAAAGCAUGGGAGCUCCCCAAGCAAGAGUCGGCUCUGGCGCCCAAAAAUGUCUGGACGAACGCCGACAUGGAUCCCGUGCCUCCGAAAUAUCAAACUUGGACUCUGUGGACGUGGAUGGCCUAUUGGGCCACUGAUACCAUCAACCUGGGUACUUGGGAAACUGCCUCUUCCGUCAUCGCUGUUGGCCUGAAUUGGAGAGACGCCAUUCCCAUCAUGGUCGUGGGCACCUCUUGUGUCGCCGUCCCUAUGGUUCUCAACGGUGCCAUUGGCGCUAAACUACACAUUCCCUUCUCUGUCAUUGUACGAUCCGGGUUCGGUUACUACUUCGGUUACUUCUGUAUCGUGUCUCGUGCCAUUUUGGCCAUGUUCUGGCUAGGCAUCCAGGGAGCCAACGGCGCACAAUGUAUCACCAUCAUGCUCACCGCCAUCUGGCCAUCAUACGGUCGGCUCGAAAAUCAUCUUCCGAGCAGCGCCGGUAUCACCACCUCGGGAAUGGUCAGUUAUUUCCUCUUCUGGAUCAUCCAACUUCCACUCUUGUUGAUCCCUCCCACCAAACUCCGAUAUCUUUUCCUCGUGAAGUUGGUCGCCGCUCCUGUGACCGCACUUGCCACUCUCGGUUGGAUUGUCAACAAGGCCGGUGGUGGUGGUGCGAUCUUCAACCUUCCAGAAACCGUCCAUGGCAGCACACGCGCGUGGCUAUGGCUAUCUUGUAUGUCCUCCGUGACAGGUUCAUGGGCAACCCUUGCCUGCAAUAUCCCGGAUUUCAGUCGCUACGCGAAAACCAGCCGAGGCCAAUACAUUCAGCUUCCGUUCCUCCCGGCCAUCUUCACCGUUUGUGGCGUCAUGGGAAUUGUCACCACGUCGGCCUCCAAAGUGGUCUAUGGAGAAUUCUACUGGAACCCGCUGGAUAUCAUCGCGCACUGGCUAGACAACCCGGGAGGUCGUGCAGCUGCCUUCUUUGCUGCAACGUCAUGGUAUAUCGCACAAGUGGGCACCAACAUCACAGCAAACAGUAUCUCGGCCGCCAAUGACUUGACGGUUCUGUGUCCCAAGUAUAUCAACAUCAAGCGAGGAUGCAUGAUUGCGGCUCUUGUCGGUGGUUGGGUCAUUGUUCCUUGGAAGAUUUUGAGCUCCGCAACCACCUUUUUGGCCUUCAUGGGCGGUUAUGCCGUGUUCCUGGCCCCGAUGGCCGGAAUCAUUGCCUCGGACUACUGGCUCGUCAAGAGGCAGCACAUUGACGUCCCCGCCCUGUACGACCCUCACGGGCGGUACAGGUACAACAAGACCGGGAUCAAUUGGCGUGCAAUGCUCGCCUUUUUGCUUGCCGUGGGCCCGUGCCUACCGGGUCUUGCGUACAGCAUCAAUGACAAAACACAUAUUACCACUGGAGCCAAGCAUUUGUAUACUUUUGACUGGCUCUAUGGCUUCGUCGUCAGCAUUUUCCUUUACACUGGCACGAGCUACAUUUGGAGGCCGAGAAACCAGCUUGUCUCCCGUACGGUCUAUGGCAUUCCUCAGGAUCCAGCCGAUGAGGAAGCCUACGAGGAAGCCUAUGACGAGAAGGUCCUUCGCAAAGACAGCCUGGUGGGUAACUCAAAGAGCUUUGCCAACGUAGGUGGCAUCGAUAGUGUGGCCAGCGGUCUCCAUUUGAGAAAGUCUUUUGACGAAAUUGCCAGGGAGAGCGCCGAGGAGCGUAGGGCCAGUAAGGCCAGUCAAGGAGGUCAAGGUCCUGGUACUUAUCCUCCUGGACACGUUCCCGACCAUCUGAAGGGGGUUGACUCGCAGGUUCUAAACGAGAAGCUGUAA